CACACGAGAUACAGCGAGGGCAGUUUGGUCAUAUAGACAUCCGUUUCUUCUCCCCGCGUAGAUAUACUAAAAUUCCAUUUCUCCCUUCCCCACUGAAUCUGAAAGCAGCUCUCUCGCAGAGAUGGAAAGAACGCUGCUUGUGACCUUCUCUGUGAUACUCUUUGCUUCUGUGGCGGCAGAUGACUAUGUCCGACCAAAGCCUCGUCAAGCCUUGCAGUUUCCAUGGCAACAAAAAUCCACUUCUCAACCCGAGCAGGUGCAUAUCUCAUUGGCCGGAGACAAACACAUGCGAGUGAGUUGGGUCACCAACGACAAAUCUUCCCCUUCCUUUGUUGAAUACGGAACAUCGCCAGGAAAAUACUCGUUUCUUGGUCAAGGAGAGAGCACCUCUUACAGCUACAUAUUCUACAGAUCAGGGAAGAUACACCAUGCCGUCAUCGGGCCAUUGGAACCGGACACCGUUUACUAUUACCGUUGCGGUGGAGGAGGACCUGAGUUUCAUCUCAAAACACCACCAUCUCGGUUCCCGAUCACUUUCGCAGUGGCUGGUGAUCUUGGUCAAACCGGUUGGACCAAGUCGACGCUAGAUCAUAUCGACCAAUGCAAAUACGAAGUGCAUCUGCUUCCCGGUGAUCUUUCUUAUGCCGACUAUAUGCAGCACAAGUGGGACACGUUUGGAGAGCUGGUUCAGCCUCUGGCGAGUGUGAGGCCGUGGAUGGUGACUCAGGGGAACCAUGAGAAAGAGAAUAUUCCCUUUGUGGUGGAUGAGUUUGUGUCGUAUAACUCCAGGUGGAAGAUGCCGUAUGCGGAGAGUGGAUCAAACUCGAAUCUGUAUUACUCUUUUGAGGUUGCUGGUGUACACGUGAUCAUGCUUGGCUCAUACACGGAUUACGAUCGGUACUCUGAUCAGUACAAUUGGUUAAAGGGUGAUCUCGCAAAGGUGGACCGAGAAAGGACUCCGUGGCUAAUAGCCUUGUUCCAUGUGCCCUGGUAUAACAGUAACGAUGCCCAUCAAAAUGAAGGCGAUGGGAUGAUGGCUGAAAUGGAGCCUUUGCUUUAUGCGAGCGGUGUGGAUAUUGUAUUCACUGGUCAUGUCCAUGCUUAUGAACGCACGAAACGUGUCAACAUCGCUUUCAGUUAUAAAGAUCCGUCACCAGAGUGGUCAGUCUUCAGGGAAGCAAGCUUUGGACAUGGCGAACUUCAGAUGGUGAAUUCAACACAUGCGCAUUGGACCUGGCAUAGGAACGAUGAUGAUGAGCCAACAAAAUCUGAUGAGGUUUGGUUAACAUCCCUCGUGAACUCAGGAUGUUGGACGGAGAAGAAAUGGAAUGAAAACCUCAGGAAAAUACUCAUGGAACCUUGAUGGAUAUCCCCUAAAGUGAGCGUUGGUUGCAGUAAAAAAUAGUCCGAAGUAUAUAUAUAAAAACCUACAAGGUGGUUGUGUUAGCAAUAGGUGUUAGAUUAUUAUUGGUCACACCAUAGUAGAAGACUUUCACAAGCUGCAUAGAAUUCGUAGUUCCAACUUUGAAAUUUUGUAAGCUUGCACUUUGUUGUGAUGUGUAUGUGUUGUAUUGUUCUCUGAUUGCAUACUAUUUUUAUCUUAAUAUGUUUUAUAUCGA